UCCAUUUUACGGCAUGGCACCUGCUUCCCAGUGUUGUAGUAUAGUGGAAGGACAGCUUGGGUUGCACUCACAGCAGAGGGACAUGGAGGAGAGUGGGAAUGAAAUGAUGAUGAGGAGGACAUUGUUGUGGGCACAUCACAUUUUGACCAGCAGUCCUUUAGAAUGAAUCUGCCUAAGAAAGGUCUGACUCAGACCAAGAUGCAGACGAGACAGAUCAGUCCUGCAACCUAUUUGAAAGUCUCCGUAACUGGGCCUUAACUUUUGGAGUUUCCCUGGUAGCUCUUACAGCUCUUCUUGGUCUGUUGAGACUCCAUCACCCUGAUCUCCCAAAGGAUCCACGAACCCUCCUCAAGACUAAGGUCACAUUUAACAUAGAGAAAAAAUGUGAGGGCCUUUAUUACUAUGUUGGCAUCCUGUCCUCCUUUAAGGCAAAACUACACCAGGCAUUAGAGUCAUUUGAAAAUGGCUGCAAAUUUAAACUACAAAUGAACAUUGAUGGACUGCCAUUAUUCAGGAGCAGUGGGAUUCAAGUGUGGCCAAUUUUAGGAUGCUUACUAACUUUUCCAAUUAAAAGAUGGUUGUGAUUUGCAUUGUUCUGUGGACCACAUAAACCAAAGCCAGCGGAAGUCUUUUUGGAAGAUUUUGUGUUUCUGAGCUGAAAGAGUUGGAGAGUGGUAUUGACUUUGAGGGCAAAAUGAUAUUUUUUAAGUUAGAUUCUAUCAUAUGUGAUACACCUGCCCGGGCUUUUGUAAAAAAUGUUAAGAGUCACAACGGAUAUUUUGGCUGUGAUAAAUGUGCCCAGCAAGGAGAAUAUCUAUCUAGCAGAAUGACCUUUCCCUUAGACACUUGCUCAAUCAGGACAGAUGAAUCCUUUGCCCAAAAACAUAAUGAAGAACAUCACCAGGGCCCUGACCCUUUCCAGGGGUUGAACGUAGGGAUGGUAUCUCAGUUUCCAGGUCAUUAUAUGCAUAUCGUUUGUUUAGGCGUCGUUAGGAAACUUCUGAACAUUUGGCUAAGUGGAGCUCUCAGAUUCCGUUUACCUGCUUCCAUUUUCAACCGGAUGUCUGACUGUUUAACAGGGUUGCGCAGCUAUAUUCCUUUGGAAUAUGCAAGAAAACCCAGAACAUUGAGGGAGAUUGACAGGUGGAAGGCAACAGAAUUAAGGAUGUUUUUGUUGUACAUUGGGCCUGUCAUUCUGCCUUCAUACUUGGACACAAAUAUUUACCAACAUUUUAUGCUGCUUUUUUCCAGCAUUGCCAUUUUAGUCAGUCCAACCUUGUCCUCGCUGCACUGGCAGUAUGCAGAGACAUUGCUCCGUAUGUUUGUUACCCAUUUUGGCCAAAUAUAUGGCAAGGAGGCCCUUGUGUACAAUGUGCAUUCAUUGGUACAUUUGGCCCAGGAUGUGAGACUGCAUGGUUGUCUCGAUAACAUUUCAGCUUUCCCUUACGAGAACCACUUGCAGAAACUGAAGAAACUCGUUAGAAAACCCGAACACCCCCUCGCGCAAAUGUUACGUCGAUUUUCCGAGCAAAAUACUCAACAGAAUAAAAUCCCUGACAGAACAUCAGUCUCUUUGAAAAAGCCCCAUUUUGUUGGACCAGUUCCGAAUGAGCUUGCCUCUAGAAGGGUUAAAGGGCAGUACAGCCAAAUGGUUUCUGACCAGUGGACUAUCAAAGUCUCGACAGGAGACAAUAUAUUUGUCAUUGCUGGUGACAUUGGUAGGAUUCACAAUAUUGUUGAGUGUCAUGACGGAAUCUAUUUAGUCAAUAGAAGGUUUUCUAAUAAGUCUGUCUUCUUUACCUAUCCAUUCAGUUCAGACUUUCUGAAUAUCUAUAGUGUCUCUCAAUUAUCAGAACAAUACUUGUCUGCCAAAGCGUGUGCAGUUGCACAUAAAUGUGUAUUAUUCCCCCAUAGGGGAGGUUUUGUAUCGAUGCCAAUUCAACAUUCAGUUAAACACUAGAUAAAGUGGUUUGCUGUCUUUUGUCCUGGGUAUGACGUUAAACAGCAUCCCUGGGCAGUUGUAGCUCAUUAGCCUUGGUUGGUAGUUCACCUAGGAGAAGGAAAACUGAUUUCAAACCCUCACUGCCUUGAUAGGUUCUAGUUUAAAAUUUUGGGUAGGGUGGUAUUUCAGCUGGUAGUCUGUACUUGGUUGUGGUUAGGUUUUAGUCACUUAAGCGUCAUCCUUCUACAUUGUUCACGUCAAUUUUUUUACAGUACACUUUCGUGACACCAGGUAAACAAAUUUUCUUAAUAAGCAUGCAUACACAACAGGCUCACCAGCAAUAUACAGUGCUUAUAAAAAGUAUUCCCCAUUCAUACUUUAAACCUGAUUAUGUUCAGGGGGCUGGAGAAGGCUUUGUAAAUAUCUAAUGCUAUCUUUUCUUCCUGUCUCUCUUUAAAGAAUGGGUUGUGCAAUACUUGGAUGCCAAGAAGUCCGUAAGUGUGGUGCCUCAAUCGUGGUACAAUAAUUGCGUUACUUUCUGGCCGAAUUAUAAGAGCGAUGAGAGGAUCAACCGAGCUGUGAAGUUCGCCGAGGUGCCAGGCCAGGACUGGUUGAGGCAUCCUGUCAGACUUCUGAAGAUAUAUGGUAUACAUUAUUUAAUUACCUAGUUGUUAUUAGUACCUUGUACUGUGUCUCCCAAUAGCCUAAUGUUACUUUUUUGAUAUUAUCAAUUCAUGAUGAACGCUGGGGAUUUACCUUUGUAAAUGUGGUUUUAGGGGACUUCAAGUCAGCACGGCAGGGAAUGAAGCAGUCACUGACAUGUGACACAUCAGAGCUAGACUUGGAUGAGGAAAUUGAGGCAGGGGGUCAAGGCAAAAGACCAGCCAAACCUAUGUAAGAUAGAAUCAUGUUUAUGAUAUUUGUCACGUCUAAAUAGAUUUUAUCAUAUUUGUCAUAUACAUAGAAAUGCUACUGUAAGACAUGUACUGAAUUAGCAUUUGGAUGCUCAACUAUUCUGUACAGCAUUGAAAGAAAGAAGGAUAAGGAAAGUAAUUUAAUAAAUAGCAAAGAGGGGAGUGUAGAUGCAAAGUGUUCAGUGUUAGGGGUGCUAGUGUGUCAGUCGGAGUGAUGCGAUUAAUGUAAUUUUGUGUGUUCAGUGGGAAGGUGCAGGUGUCAAUCUAAGUUAAGUGUCUCUCUCUCCUAAAAAUUUGCCAUCAUUAUGGUGAUACAGAGAGUGACAAAGAGCCUGUGUCCAACAAGCCACCAACUCAAUCAACACAACAUCGGCCAUCUUCAAGACCCCCAUUAAGAUGCAACCAACCAGCUCCAGGGCCAUCCUACUUCGCUCAACCUCCACUACCACCCCCUCCAGUGCCAUCCUCCUUGUCUCUACCUCCACCACUCUCCCCUUCAGGGCCCCCCUUCUUUUCUUCACCUCCUCAGCAGUUGUUCAGCCACCAAUCGACACCAUCUUAGAACAACUACGCUGAUCUCUCUCUACGCCAUCCACCUCCUCCCAGGAUGUCCUCUGAUGGCUUUCCUACCAACAAUGAAGCCACUGAAGUGUUCAUGCCCAGCCUGAAUAUGGGGCGUUCUGGGAAGGAGCCAAUCAUCUGCACACCUGCUGAACUCCACAUGCUCACUCUCAUGGAGAACAUGAAGCAGCAGAUCAAUCAGCUCUCCAUGAUGAUGGGUGUGUUGAUGACUAGAUCGGGAGAGGGAGCUGAGCCUGUGGGGAUGCCUACGGAGAUCUCCUUUCCCCUAGCCUCCCUCGAUGAGGUUGAGAGCUUCGAGGACCGGUUAAAAAACCCAGCAAACACACAGAGCAAAAAACAGCACAUGCUGGGAAUGCUGGCCUCUAUUGGUGGGAGGGAUACCGAACACCUAAUUUUUUAACAUUUUGGCGCACAUAUUUGCCGACUGUGUAGCCAAAUCUAUUUAUUUGAAAGGGGUGAACACCAAAAAAAAGUUCUGUGAAAUGGCGACCAAGGCCAUUCUGGCUCGUAAGUAUUAGCUAUAGAUGCCUUUCCAGUCUUUACUAAAUCACCACGCUCUCCUUGAAGCCAAGCUAAAUAAUUUUCUCACAAAAAAAAAAAAAAUGAGACAUGGGAACAUAUUACCGAAGCAAUUACUGCCAAAGGGGUAGAAUUGAGGGAGGUGAAAGAUGUGCGCAAGAAAUGGAGUGACCUGAAGAUGCAGGCAGCUGAAGAUUUUCCGAAGAAUGUGCCAACUGGGGGUGGUGGAAAAGGGGAUAUGGGGCCAUACUCCUCUAUGGUGUUAGAUAUUAUUGGGG